GCAGCUCCACGCCUCGAGCAGCAGAGCGACAUCUAGAUCGGACGCACCUCCUCCUCCUCCUGCUCACAGAGCACCGACCCUAGCAAGCAAGCGAGCACCAUGACGGCCCACGUGGACACGAACAAGAACGUCAACUGGAUGGACUCGCGCGGCUUCUGGACCUUCUACAUCAUGCUGCUGGCCUCGCUGUACAUGGCGAUGCCCAUUAUCUUCCCCACACACGGUGACGCCCUCACGGCGGUCAACGUCAUCCACGGCGUGGUCUCGUUCGGCAUCAUGCACUGGGUCAAGGGCUCGCCCGAUGACAACUCGAUGGGCGACUACCGCGAGCUCACGUUCUACGAGCAGAUCGACCAGGGCCACCCGUGGACCAACACGAAGAAGUUCCUCAUGAUGAUCCCGACGUUCCUCUUCCUGGCCGCGUCGGUCGCCACGGACUACGACACGCGCCACCUGCUCAUCAACUUCCCCAUCUGGGCGACGCUCAUCCUGGCCAAACUGCCGGAACUCGACCGCGUGCGGAUCUUCGGCAUCAACUCCACGGUCGGCAUUGACGACCACAAGAAGAACUAAGUAAGCGAGGGUGUCUCACGACCAGGCUGUACGUCAAGAGCGCAGCGCGAGCCGCGCUCUCGUGCGUCGAGGCGGUGCCACGUCAGCAGCGGCGACCUCCAUCUUUUGUGAGUCUACACUACGGACAGCGUGAUCGAUUAGCUGGAGAGCACAAGGCGAGAGUGGACUGGGCUCCUUCCUGCCUUCUUGAAGUUUGAUUUGCUACGUGUACCUUGCUGCGUUGCUGCAUGCCCCCAUGCAGUGAACCAUUGAACAAGAUUGCCAUGAUCUCACUUU